AUGGCUGCUACACUUGCCUUCUCCUCAUCUAACACUCCUAAGAAACCCUCCAACACCACCAUUUCAGUUUCCAAGGUCAGGGUCAUUGUCAGAGUCAGACCCUUCCUUACACACCAAGUCACAGCCAAAAACGACCACCCCGUUUCGUGUAUCUCCGUUUCGGACCAAGAUUUUCACUCUUCACAAGACGAGGUUGCAGUUUAUCUCAAAGACCCACAAACCAGCCGAAAUGAGUGCUACCAGUUGGAUUCAUUUUUUGGGCAAGAAGAUAACAAUGUGGGUCAGAUAUUCUGCAGAGAAGUGAGCCCCAUGAUACCUGGAAUCUUCAAUGGCUGCAAUGCCACUGUUUUUGCUUAUGGGGCUACUGGCAGUGGGAAGACAUACACCAUGCAGGGAACUGAGGAACAACCUGGGUUGAUGCCACUGGCAAUGUCCAUGAUCCUGUCUAUUUGCCAAAGCACUGGCAGCACAGCACAUAUUUCAUACUAUGAGGUCUACAUGGACCGAUGCUACGAUCUCUUGGAGGUCAAAGCAAAGGAGAUUUCAGUUUGGGAUGACAAAGAUGGGCAAAUUCACCUGAGGGGACUAUCUCAGGUUCCUAUCAACACAAUGUCUGAAUUUCAAGAUGUUUUCUCCUGCGGAGUUCAAAGGCGCAAAGUUGCACACACAGGCCUCAAUGAUGUCUCCAGUAGGAGUCAUGGAGUGCUUGUGAUAUCUGUGUCCACUCCUGCUGAUGGCACUGCAUCUGCUGUGUGUGGAAAGUUGAAUCUCAUAGACUUAGCAGGUUACUUCCAUACCAUUUGGGAUAAGGGUUUAGAUGUCUUGCAAAGCACUCAUGGUUAUAUAUAUGUGUUUAAGAUUGAAGCAGGUAAUGAAGAUAACAGAAGGACCUGCAAUGAAGGGAUUCGACUCCAAGAGAGUGCCAAGAUAAACCAGUCCUUGUUUGCACUAUCAAAUGUAAUAUAUGCUUUGAACAACAACAAACCAAGAGUACCCUACCGCGAAAGCAAAUUGACCCGUAUAUUGCAGGACUCUCUAGGGGGAACUAGUCGUGCACUGAUGGUUGCUUGCCUGAAUCCAGGAGAAUAUCAGGAAUCUGUUCAUACUGUUAGUUUGGCUGCUAGAUCAAGGCAUGUCUCAAAUUUUGUACCUUCAGCUCAGAAACAAGAGACCCCAAAAGUUAAAAUUGAUAUGGAAGCAAAAUUGAGAGCUUGGCUAGAAUCAAAAGGCAAAACAAAGAGUGCACAAAGACCUGGAGCAUUCAAUUCUCCACUUGUGAAAAAAACUCCCAGUUCCAUCAUUACCCCUGCUACGAAAUGUGUUACCUUUAAUAGUUCAAUGAAGGGGGGAAGAACUGCCAUCAAUCAAGAUCCUCAACACACAAAUGAAAGGGCCUUUGCUGUGGCUUUUGGAAAUUUACUAGAUGAUGAAGUUUCUUUUGAUUCUUGCAUGGAGAAGGCACAUUGCGGUGUCACGGAAAAUAAUAACAAAGAGACUGAGCAUGAUGCCAAUAAGGCUGCAUGGGAAUCAUACAAAAAAUUACCUGACGAGCCAUUGAGCAAGGCGUUGAACUCAAUUAGAAAUGAGAGUAAAGAGGCAGUACAAAGUCCUUUAAGAAAAGCUCUCUCCCCCAUCAACAUCAAUGGCAAUCAAAAGCCCGUUGAGGCAUUGUCUUUCACACAAACACCUUUUCUUGCAACCUGCUCCACUAAUAAAAGGAUGCAAGAGAAUGACACUCCACUCGACAAAUUCAGCACGCGAAGUUCUACACUGAAGAACUGUUUAGUUGAAGAAUACAUUGAUUUCUUGAAUAAUGCAAGCAGAGAGGAACUACUUGAAUUAAAGGUACAUGCUGGCAUAGGACAGAAAAUGGCAGAAUACAUAAUAGACCUUAGAGAAGAAAGUCCACUAAAAUCGCUAAGUGAUUUGGAGAAAAUUGGCCUCUCUUCCAAGCAGGCCCAUAAUUUGUUCACAAAAGCUGCAAAAAAACUAUUCGAAGAUAAAGCAAAAGAUUCAAUACUCAGUUGA